AUGAGUAACAUAACAAAUGACUACCGUGGUAAGGAUAAUCGAGUUCAUUUACGCAAGCAUAAGAUUCCAUUUGAAAAACGGCAACGACACCGGGUGAUGCAACCAAAUAUUCAACGAAACUGUUUAUCAGUUCAACCUAACACAACUCGUUCUAGACUUGCUGUUGGAAAAUGACAGUCGAGUCCAUCAAUAACACCACUUAUGUGUGCGGCUGAGGCAGGACAUGAUGAAUAUGUUCACUUGCUUCUUGAUAAACAUUUCGGCACUGAUGUUAAUUGUAAAUUCGAAGAUUAUGGACAAUUCAAUGGCAACACUAGUUGUCGUUUGUGGAAUCACAUCUAUUGUGACUGUGGCUAUUGUUUCAUUGGAACUGGCAGAACUGCAUUGUGGCUUGCAUGCUAUAAUGGACAUCUGAAUGUUGUACGCGUUCUAAUUGAAGUCGGUCAUGCAGACGUGAAUCUUUCUGAUGGAGAAAAUUGGACGCCACUUCGAGCUGCUAUUUCGAUGAAACAUGUACAUAUUGUCAAAUACUUGUUAGAGCAAACGGAAGCAAUCAUCGAUGAAAGCCGCGAUCUUUUCAAAGCGCUCAAAGAUGGCAGCAAUGAAAUAGUAGAUUACUUAUUAAGCAAAGGAUGUGACCCGAAUACUCGCCUUAUGGACGACGACAAUUUUAAUCGAGAUGAUUUCUAUUGGUACUCAGGUCAGAAAACAUUCUAUGCGCUGCACUAUGCUAUUGAGUUUCUGCAUGAAGCAUCAGCAAUCAUCAAAACUAUUUUGGAGUAUGGUGGUGAUCCGACUUUACGCGAUGAUAUAGGACAAACUGCCUUGCAUACUGCUAUUUAUUUUCAAAAUGAGGAAUGUGUUAAGUUGAUACUUCAAUAUGGACAUACGCAUGAUCAAAAAGACAAUUAUGGUUACACUCCCUUAAUGAACGCAGUUAAAUAUCAUGACACAAACAUUGUGAAUCUUCUAUUCAACGCACUGCCACGUCAGCAAUUCAUCGAUGAGAUCAUGUUAUUAGGUUGCUAUUAUCAAAUUCCAUAUCCAUUUGGAUUCAGUUCAAUAGAAGAAGCAUUCAAUUGUUUUCAACAAGCAUUAGAAUUACAACCACAAAUUUCAAAUGCUAUUCCAUGUGAAGUCUAUGAAUUUCGAAGCGAAUGCCAAACACUUGAUGAACUGAUGAUUAUUCGAAAUGAUGAAGAUGCCAUGAUGAUGCAAGCCCUAUUAGUUUAUGAACGAUUACUUCCAUCACGUAGCGAGACGCAUAUUCUUGUUUCAAUUCUGAUUGAAUAUGUUUUAAAAAUAUAUGAACAAAGAGACCAAAUUGAUCGAUGUAUAUUAUUGUUGGUAUAUGCUUAUAAUUUAAGUUUAUCAUGCAAAGAAAAUUCGGUCAAACAUUGGGAUCAAAUUUGUUUAUCACGACUACAGGAGAUAUUUCGUCAACUUAUCUUACGAGACGACUCCGUAUUGCUUAGCAAAAUGAUGUAUAUAUUUGAAUGUAUCUUUGACAAGUUGCGCAACGUUUCAGAAGUCUGUUAUCUAUGCAUUUGUAUAGCAUACGUACGUAUAUUUCAAUGA